AUUCAUCACCAUUCACAGUCACCAUAGUUAGUACCGAUAACCACGAGGCUCUCUUACCAAUUUUGUCCAAGAUCUCACCAUAUCACUAACGUGACGCACUUUCUUUUUCCGUCAGCUGGUUUUCCAUGCUCGCAUAUAAGUCACCAGUUUGAGAUUUUUUCCGGGUUUAUUUAUCUUCGUGAGGUCAAACACAACACGAUGGAAAUCCCAUUUCUACCUCCCAAAAACUUAACAGUGAUAUCCAACGCACUGUACGCUCCUCCAGUGUUUAUUGAGAAAAAGGCUGACUUGAUUGAGGGACUUCCUGAUGGCAUUUUGGCGUUGAUUGCACCCAUAGUAGCGUAUUGGGUCUACUCAACUUUCUUCCAUAUAAUUGAUGUGUAUAAACUUGCAGAGGCCUACAGAAUCCACCCAAGUGAAGAGGAGCUUGCAAAAAACAAGGCAAAGAUCUCAGAUGUCAUUAAAGAUGUGAUUCUCCAGCACAUUAUUCAGACUAUUGCUGGAAUCGUGUUCUACAAGCUUGAUAAAAUCCCUACAACGGGCUACGAGCUAAACCAAAUGUGGUAUUGGAAACAGAAGUUCACCUGGGUCCCCAAUGAGGUGAUCUGGUUUUUGUAUACUUAUGGAGUUUCGUUCUUCAAGGUGGUGUUAGCUUUCAUCAUCAUCGAUACAUGGCAAUUUAUGCUCCACCGGUUAAUGCAUGUCAACAAAUACUUAUAUUCCCGGUUUCAUUCGAGGCACCAUCGGCUACAAGUGCCAUACGCAUACGGAGCCUUGUAUAAUGAUCCAGUGGAAGGAUUUUUAUUGGAUACAUGUGGUACCGGGGUAGCGGGCUUACUAACUGGCUUAACCUCCAGAGAGUCAUUAUUCUUGUACACAUUUAGUACUAUGAAAACCAUUGAUGACCACUGCGGGUACCGGUUGCCCUUGGACCCGUUCCAAUUCAUUUUCCCCAACAAUUCUGUGUAUCAUGAUAUUCACCAUCAGAGCUGGGGCUUCAAGCAUAACUUUUCUCAACCUUUCUUCACCUUCUGGGAUAGAUGGUUCGGCACCAAGUAUGAGUUCAUUGAAGAGUACAAAGAACUUCAGAAGAAGGUCACCUUGGAGAAGUACAAAGAAUUCUUGAACGAAAAGACCAAGGGCAAGUACAAUUAUAAUCUCAAGAAAGAUAAGAAAGACUAAUUUUUUUCAAAUCCCAAAAAAACAAGAAUAAACAAUACUAGUAGCAGCGGGCACUCUGUCCUCCCUUUUAAUAUCUAAUUUGUUGUGUGUCAUGUGUAAAUGAAGUAAAUAUGUAAAUAAGAUGAAUCAAUUGGUAGGCU